UCACCUCCCAUAUUUUUGGAAAACAAAUUUUCCACCGGAAAAAACAGAGGAAAUUCGAAGAUGGUGUUGACUACCACAUGCUGUCUCAGCUCCCGGCCACUUUCAUCCCCUCCCACCACCGCUCAACCACCGGUUUCCACCAGAUCACCAAAGAGGGAAGUUUCAUGGAGGAAUCAGUGUGCAGUUGGGAUGGCAUGUGUGAUAAUUUGUCUACAAAUGGAAGGGCUAACGGGAAAUAAUCAUGACUUAGCGAUUGCCAUUGAGCCAAAAGGCGUUAUAGAGUCGAAGGUCAAGCAAAGGAGAUGGAGUGGCAAGAGAAUGUGUCCAUCAUGGCAAUUGAACUCGUUGGAAACGAUCGUGCCCGAAGACCUCCCACGACCAUCAUCCAAACGGAGAUGGGAGGGAGUUGGCGAUCAUCUAAGAGUUGCUCCACCAGUUAAAGGUUCCACCACUGCCAUCACUGCCGCUAGUAGUGAUUGUUUCUCUAUGUAGAUUCUUGAUUACCUUUUAGAUUAUCUUAUGUACAUGGAUUGGCUGUAAAUAUCAUACAAAUUUAUAUAUAUAUACAUGUUUAUAUCAAA